UUUCCACGGCUUCUCCCUAACCUAUCGCCUCAGCCCCCUCUGCCCGCACGAUUCCCCUCUGUUUAAGGGGUGCAGCACAGCCCAGCUCGGUUCGUCGGGAAGACUGCCGGACCCCGCUAACCCAGGCAUGAAGGUAACUGAACUGCACCGCUCCAGGUCCUGAAGCCGGGACGAGGAGGAAGCGGGACUGGCCAGCACGGCCGCGCUUUCCAGGAAGCGAGGAGAGUUCACAUCUCCCAGCCCACAAUGCUUUGGGGGAGGCUGACAAGUGGAGGCAAGAUGGCGUAGAAAGUAGAGCUAGGAAUUCUGUCCCUAAGUCAUGGCAGACAGGAGGCCAGAGAAGUCAUGUGAAGACGCGUGUGCAUCGUUGGGCAGGCGGGAGUACGAGGCGGCGGUGAAGCACUGCACGGAGGCGCUCCUCGCCCUAAGCCUGCGGCCCCGCAGCCCGCCUACACAUGGCCUCCUGCGCAGCAAGGCCCUGCUGUUCAGGAUAGCAGCUCUUCUGCAGCUGAAGAACUACGAUCAAGCAGAUGAAGACUGCAAGCAUGUGCUGGCUGAGGGGCUGGCGAAGGGAGGCAGCUCGUUCCAGGGCGUGCUUCGCUGCCUGCUCGCCGAGGGAAGCCUGCAGGAGGUGUCUGGCGUCCUGAACAAGUCGCUGUUCGGGGAACCGCUGAAUGGGAUGGUGACGAAGGAUUUGACCAGAUUGAAAAUGCUUCUCUCCGAGAUGGAAACAGUAAGUAGACUGAUGGCCUCGGAGUGCACAGAAGACAAUGAGGAAGACGAGCAGGAUGGGUGGCAUUUUCGGCCUCCUCCCCGGGGGGUGACCAGCAGCGAGGAGUACACGCUGUGCAAAAGGUUUUUAGAGCAGAGGAUUUGCAGAUAUGGUGCUCAGUGCACCUCGGCGCAUUCGCAGGAGGAGCUGACCGAGUGGCAGAAGAGAUACGCUUCCAGGCUGAUCCGGCUGAAGCAGCAGCAGCAGGAAGGCAAGCAGCUCACUGGGAAUUACAUGGAGGCCCUCAUUGAGAAAUGGAUGAACUCUUUGUCUCCGGAGAAAGUGCUCAGCGAAUACCUGGAAGGAGUGAGUGUGGAGCACAGCUCCGAUCUGUCGGUCACAGUCACCACCAAGAAGUCGUGCCACUCCUGGACGUUUACGCUCUGCUGCAAGCCGGCCAGGACGCUGUACCGGAUCGCUCUCCUGUACGACGCCCACCGGCCCCACUUCGGCAUCACCGCAGUGUCCACUGGGGACGCCUCCAGCCUGCUGCGGCAGCAGGUCCCGGAGAGCUGCCAGGAGUGGGUGGGAGGCAGCGUGGGCCAGAACGGAAUGGACCACUGCGUCUACGAGGUCGUCGUGGGCUUUAGCACGGAGAUAUUCGGGACGUUUCGGCAGACGAUCGUCUUCGACUUUGGCUCGGAGCCCGUGCUGAUGCAGAGAGUCAUGGUGGAUGCCGCUUCCAUCGAGGACCUCGAGCACCUGAUGCAGGCGAGGCAGCAGCUCCUGCUGUCAGUGAAACGCUGGGACUCCUGCUGCAAGACGAUCGUGGAGUUCGAGCCCAACGAGACCAUGGAGCUGGAGCGCAGCCUCCUGGCCCGGUACCAGAUCCCUCUGUCCGCGGACCAGCUCUUCACCCAGUCCGUGCUGGACAAGACGCUCACCAAGGAGAACUACCAGUCCCGGCUGCACGACCUGCUCUACAUCGAGGAGAUCGCGCAGUACAAGGAGGUUGGCAAGUUCAACAUCAAAGUCCAGUUGCAGCUCGUCGCCAGUUUCAUGCUCACCGGCAUCGCUGGGGGGGCCAAGUACGCCCAGAACGGCCAGCUGUUCGGCCGCUUCAAGCUGACCGAGACGCUGUCCGAAGACACGCUGGCCGGCCGCCUGGUGAUGACCAAAGUCAACUCUGUCCUGCUGCUGCCGAUCAGCAAGGACAGCAGGGCGCAGGCGUCAGGAACCAAAGAGAAGGUGUACGAAGCCGUGAUCGAGGAGAAAACCAAGGAGCACAUCUUCCUGAGGGUGUGCAGGGACUGCUGCGAGGAGCUGGGCCUGCAGGCCGACCACGAGCUGCAGGUGGAGCUGCAGUUCCAGCUGAACCGCCUGCCCCUCUGCGAGAUGCACUAUGCACUGGAUAGGAUCAAGGAUAACGGCAUCCUGUUCCCCGACACCAGCCUGACCCCCACCAUCCCCUGGAGCCCCAACAGGCAGUGGGACGAGCAGCUGGACCCCCGCCUCAACGCCAAGCAGAAGGAAGCCAUUCUGGCCAUCACCACCCCGUUGUCCAUCCAGCUGCCCCCGGUGCUCAUCAUCGGUCCCUAUGGGACAGGGAAGACCUUCACUCUGGCUCAGGCUGUCAAGCACAUACUGAAGCAGCAGGACACCAGGAUCCUGAUUUGUACCCAUUCUAACAGCGCUGCUGACCUGUACAUAAAGGACUAUCUUCAUCCGCACGUUGAAGCAGGCAAUCCGCACGCCAGGCCUCUCAGGGUAUAUUUCCGAAACAGGUGGGUGAAGACCGUGCAUCCCGUGGUGCAGCAGUACUGUCUGAUCUCCAGCACGCAGUUCACCUUCCAGAUGCCAGAGCGCGAGGACAUCGAGAAGCACCGCGUGGUGGUGGUCACCCUCAGCACCUCCCAGUACUUGUGUCAGCUGGACCUGGAGCCAGGUCUCUUCACUCACAUUCUGCUGGACGAGGCUGCCCAGGCCAUGGAGUGCGAGACCAUCAUGCCUUUCGCCUUGGCCAGCAAAGCCACCCGCAUCGUCCUGGCGGGAGACCACAUGCAGCUCAGCCCCUUCGUCUACAGCGAGUUCGCCAGGGAAAGGAACCUUCACGUUUCGCUGCUGGACCGACUGUACGAGCACUACCCUACAGAUUACCCCUGCCGAAUAUUGCUGUGUGAAAAUUAUCGCUCCCAUGAAGCUAUCAUCAACUACACGUCGGAGCUGUUCUACGAGGGGAAGCUGAUGGCCAGCGGGAAGCAGCCUGCCCACAAGGACUUCUACCCUCUGACCUUCUUCACCGCCCGCGGGGAGGACGUGCAGGAGAAGAACAGCACCGCUUACUACAACAACGCCGAGGUGUUCGAGAUCGUGGAGCGCGUGGAGGAGCUGAGGAGGAAGUGGCCCGUGGCCUGGGGGAAGCUGGACGAGGGGAGCAUCGGGGUGGUGUCGCCGUACGCCGACCAGGUGUUCCGCAUCCGGGCCGAGCUGCGCAAGAAGAGGAUGUCGGAGGUCAGCGUGGAGAGGGUGCUGAACGUGCAGGGUAAGCAGUUCCGCGUGCUGUUCCUGAGCACGGUGAGGACGCGCCACACCUGCAAGCACAAGCAGACGGCUAUCAAGAGGAAGGAGCAGCUGGUGGAGGACUCCACGGAGGACCUGGAUUACGGCUUCCUGUCCAACUACAAGCUGCUCAACACGGCCAUCACCAGGGCCCAGUCUCUGGUGGCCGUAGUGGGGGACCCCAUCGCCCUGUGCUCCGUGGGGAGGUGCAGGAAGUUCUGGGAGAAGUUCAUCACGAUCUGCCACGAGAACAGCAGCCUGCACGGCAUCACCCUGGAGCAGAUCAAGGCCCAGCUGGAGGCGCUGGAGCUGAAGAAGACCUACGUGCUCAACCCUCUCGCGCCCGAGUUCGUUCCCCGCGCGCUGCGGGCCCAGCACCCCGCCGGCUCCGGAAAGCAGCAGCAGUCGCCACCCAAGGGCAAAGGGCAGCAUCAGAACCAGGCUGAGCAUUUUCAAGCAGAUGGUUUUGUGCAGCCCAGCCCCGCGGUGCUGAUGGGGAACCCGAUCCGCGCCUUCACGCCUCCCCUGGGGGCCAGCGCCGCCAUGGGGAAGUCUCCCAGCCCGGUCCAGCGGAUCGAUCCCCACACCGGGACCAGCAUCCUGUACGUGCCCGCGGUCUACGGAGGCAACAUGGUCAUGUCCGUGCCUUUGCCUGUUCCCUGGCCAGGCUACCAAGGCCGGUUUGCAGUGGAUCCCCGAAUCAUGAGUCACCAGGCCGCCAUGGCCUACAACAUGAACCUGCUGCAGGCGCACGGCCGGGGGUCCCCGAUUCCCUAUGGAACCAGUCUCCCCUCGCCCAUCGGGCUCAACCCGCAGCCGGGCCAGGAGAAGGACCCGCAGGACCCCAGCCGGAACGGGAAAAUAGAUGCAAAUCCAAAACUAGAACCGAGCAGACUUCAGACCCCGGAAAGAAAACUACCUGAAUCAAAAGAAAAGCAGGGAGACUUGGAUACAGGACAGAGCCGGAGUCCGGAGUCCCAGGGCCCGCUGGGGUUCCCCAACGCCAGGCUCCACCGGAAAGACAAUCCCGGCCAGAGGCAGCUCGGCUUUCACCUGGCGCCCCCAAACCCUGGCUUCCCUCCCCACCCCAGCAGCCGCCAGUUCCCUCACCAGUACCCCCUGCCUCGCCCCCCUUUCCGGCUGCAGCAGCAGCAGAACAGCUUGCCUCCUCAGCACCCCAGCCAGAUGCAUCAGCACUCGUCCCAGCUGUCCCCGGUCUUCCCCGCUGGGCAUGCCCCCUCGUUCUUCAACACCCCUCUGCCUCACAGGGGCCUGCAGUCCCCCAGCCUGGAGUCCAUGGCCGCUGAGCCGCCUGUCCCCGGUCUGAUGCCAGAGGAGAUGAAUAAUUCCCUUCGGCCAGUUCCUCAGCUCAACCCCCCCAGUCACCCGCCGCCGCCCCCCCAGCCCAGCCGGCUUGGCAGCUUCCCGGAUGAAAACUCGGAGCCCAUGCUGGAAGGACUCGACGUCCCAGGCGCCUCGGCCCUGGAAGCGCUGAGCCAGCAGGCCCGGCUGAGCCAGUGGAACGAGCACAGCCACUUCCUGCCGGGGGGCGUGGCCUUCCCCCUGGCGCACCUGGCCCAGCCUGCCCUGCGCUUCCCCGCACAGCUGCUGCGCGCCAACUGGAGGCUGGGCGCCGGCGCCGAGGAGGACACGGGGCCGGCUUUCCAAAGGUUCCCUGGCCUCCUGAGGGAGAUGGCACCCCAGGACCAGGGCGAGCAGCGGGACCCGGCCGAGAUGAUGCCCCCCCCGCAGUCGCGCCUGCUGCAGUACCGGCAGGUCCAGCCCUGCAGCCCCAGGGGGCUCCCCUCGCCCACCGCCACCGCCGGCCACAGCGGCCCCUUCCCCGCGCCCUUCGGGGACGUCAGCCGCGAGCUGGAGAUGAUCAACAGCCAGGCCUUCCAGCAGCAGCCCCAGGCGCCGAUGUACAACCCCGCUUUCCCCCUGCCCGCGGGCCGCACCACCCCGCCGCCCGUGAAGUACCUUCUGCCCGAGGCCCAGUGGACUCACCCCGGCCUGCCGCCCAGCCACGUGCUGGGGCAGGGCUUCCACUUCGGCGUGCCGCCGGCCCUGGCCCACAGACAGGAGCAGGUGCACCUCCUGCAGCUGCAGCAGCAGCAACAGCAACAGCAACAGCAACAGCAGCAGCACUCCGCCCCCAGCCAAGAGCCCUUUGACCCCCUCUCUCCACGAACAGUGUCCGCUGCCUCCCUUCACAAUGUAGAAGAGUAUGAGCCCCGGGGACCAGGCAGGCCACUGUACCAAAGGCGGAUCUCCUCCAGCUCUGUGCAGCCGUUCCCCGACGAUUCGGGCACACCCCAGGGCAGCCUCGCACACUGCAAGGAGCUCCAGGACCCCCACAACCAUCUCUCGUAUGGCUACCCGUCUGCAGAGCUGUGGGCAGGCAGCAGCCCCGCUCUCCCAUUCCAGAACAUUCCAUGCAAUGGAGCCAACGGCGUCGUCUCCCACAGGGACCUCAUGGCAGCGUCCUCGAAGGCGGUGCGUUCGGCGGAGGAGCACGUGAAGCCGGAGGGCGCGGCGCAGCUGGCCGGCUCCUUCAACUUCAGCUCCCUCCAGCACCUGGGACAGUUCCCCCCGCUCCUGCCCAAGAAGCAGCCGGCCCCUGACCCAGGCGGGGGGGGGCCCCAGACCCCUGGCAUGAGCAAGCCUCCCACCAUGUCGUAUGCCAGUGCUCUGAGGGCGCCCCCCAAGCCCCGAACUGUGCCCGAGCAGGGCAAAAAGAACAGUGACCCCCUAACGCUGUUACAGGAGCUCAGCAUAGGCAGUUCAACAAGUAGCAACGGAUACUACUCUUACUUUAAAUAAGUGUAACAAAUUAAUUAACACACAAAAUGAGAGAGAGAAAAAAACGGAAAUACGAAAAAAAACUUUUCAAUAAGUGCUUUUUUAAGUUGUUUUUAUAGAUAGAAUUUUUGCGUUUUAAUUUUUUACUUGCAUUAGUCUUGUCAAUUCCUUUACUGUUUGACAUAUCUGUGAAUUAAAAAUGAUAUAUUAAAAAACUAUAUAAAAAAAGCAAAAACACACAAGAACUGGUUGACCACUUGGCUGCCGGACAAUCUUUUUCUUUGACUUUGUGCUUUUUCUCUGCACUCAGCCCUCGAGGUGAGAUCAUGGAAGUGAUUUUUCUAGGCUCGUGUUUUUUUAAAGAUAAACGUUAAGUUCAUUUAUUGUUGAGGUUGUGUUUUAUUGUGGGGGCAGCCAAGUGGUUAACCGAAUAAAACAAAAACACAAAAGUUGUAUAGAAGUAGCUUAAUUUUUUCUCUAACCUGUACAUAUAAAGGAGUGAAAUGUAUGCCACAUGCUUAAUUUCCUGUACCAUGUUAGCGCUGACAUUACGACACAUUGCUGAGUUUCUGUAACAGAUGAAUCUCCAGUGUAUUUAAGAAAGUCUUCACUUAAAUGAUAAUAAACCAUUUGAAAACAAAGACUU